CUUACGACUGUCUACGUGCCUUGCAGUGGAUAGGUAGAGUAGAGGUAGGCAUUGACUAUCAAAACCUCCAACUAUCAACAGCCUCGCCAUACCUCAACUCUCCACUGAAAGGCCACCUCCUACUCCAAGAAUUCAUCCAACCUCCUCUGUCAUUUCUGCAGAUACUCCCCUCAUUGAAUCCUCCUAAUCCUUCAAUAUGGUAAGGUCUCCCUCGUCCUCCCCAAAACAGCUAUAGCUAACCCAUCUCCAGAGCUCCCCAUUCGCAAUCAGUACGCCCCACCCUCCUCAUACCCUCUCACCCCCUCUCGCCCCCCCCUAACACACAAUCCCAGAUGGCGGCGCCUGCGUAGCAAUGGUAGGAAAAGACUGCGUAGCCAUAGCCUGCGACCUGCGUCUCGGCCUGCAAUCCCUAACCGUAUCCAACAACUUCCCCAAGAUCUUCUCGUACGGCGACGUGUACCUAGGGCUCACAGGUCUCGCCACGGACGUAUCGACCGUCAGCGAUCUCUUCCGCUACAAAGUCAACAUGUACCGCCUCCGCGAGGAGCGCAACAUCUCCCCCAAGACCAUGGCGAAUCUGGUCAGCAGUUCGCUGUACGAGCGUCGCUUUGGACCCUUCUUCGUCAGUCCCGUGGUGGCGGGGAUCGAUCAGAAGACUGGGAAGCCGUUUAUUUGUGGCUUUGAUAGUAUUGGUUGUAUUGAUUUUGCAAAGGACUUUAUUGUCUCGGGGACGGCGAGUGAUCAGCUUUUUGGAACUUGUGAGGGGCUUUGGGAGCCGGAUUUGGUGGGUUAUAUCCUUUCCCUCUUUCUUCCUAUCCUACCAUCUCAAUCAAUCUUAAGCUAAUAUAUGGAUAUAGGGACCAGAAGACCUCUUCGAGACCAUUUCCCAGGCUUUGUUGAAUGCGGUGGAUCGAGAUGCCUUAUCCGGAUGGGGAGCACACGUUUACAUUAUCGAGAAAGACAAGGUCACGAAACGCUUGUUGAAGGGUAGACAAGAUUAGAGGAGAGCAGCUAGGCAUGAUGAAUGUGGGGGGCAAUGGGAAUCAAUGAAUAGAGUGGUCUUCAGAGCUCUCCUCGCUCUGUGUACUAUAAGAUAUCUAGCAAGGGAAG